AUGGUAGCGCCUGGGCGCAGGGCUUCACAUGUCACGACGGCCUGUGAUCACUGUUUCCGCCUGAAGGUCCGAUGCGACGGCGCAUCACCGAGCUGCGCCAGCUGUGAUCGACUGCAACAGAGAUGCACGUAUUUGCGACCUGACAAGCGCAAGAUAUCCAAACUUGCCGUCUCACAGCUGGUGGAUCGGAUCCGCCUGUUGGAAAACACAUUGACGGAACAUGGCAUUCCAAUUCCAUCACCGCAGCCGCCGCAGUCGAGCUGCGUGGUGCAAAACUCCCAAGAAAACGUGCCAGACCCUAGCGGCUGGUCGGCACUGUCGCUCCUGAAUGAUUCCGCGCAGGAAGGAGACGAUCGUGAACGGGCGCUAAUCGAACGAAUUGAUCAAGGAAAUACGCUGACUCCGGGCCUGGACCCCGAUAUCGAGCUUCUCGUAAAACGGACUGGGUCCCUUCAGUUUACGGAGCAUGGACAGCUCAGGUACUUCGGCACGACUUCGAAUGUUCAUUUCCUUCGCACCGCUAUCCCCUUCCAACCGCAGCUCUAUCAGAAUGGGCUGGGCCAAACGCCAAACGCGUGGCUGGAACAAGCUGGCGUGGGCCAUACAAUCCCUCGAGAGUUUGAAGAUCAUUUGAUCAAGUUGUACUUCACCUGGGAGAAUCCAUACUUCAAUGUGGUGGACCAAAAUGCUUUUUUGAAUGCCCGUCGACAGGCACAGUUCGGCUCGAGCUCAGACUCGUUGGUAGCCUCUUGCUACUCUGAGCUACUUGUUAAUGUCAUGUGCUCCUGGGGCGCAUUAUUCACCGACCAAGCCCUGCCCGAAAUCCCUGGCUCGUUACACGACUUCUUCAUCCUGCGUGCCCGGGCACUGCUGGAGCGCGACAUUGACAACCCCACCAUCGCAACAGUGCAAGCCCUGGCAAUGAUGAGCGGUAGCGAAGCCAGCCAUGGCAGAGAUUCACGCGGGUGGUUGUAUGAUAGCAUGGCGGCGCAGCUAGCUCAUCAUCUGGGUUUGCAUCUGGAUGUUGAGCACUAUGUUCGGUCGAACGACAUGUCCCGACAGGAAGCUACUGUGCGCAGCACUGCGUUCUGGGGCACAUAUGUAAUCGAUACUGCGUGGAGCUAUUAUCUUGGUCGAUUGACAAUGCCAGUCGCUGAUGUGAAUCGAAUCCCUGUUCAGUCGCCGGCAGGAAAUCAGGUUACUCAGUACUGGGAGGACUACACAGACGAGUCUGUAAAUCUGAGGCGGCCUCCGCAGCGCUUUGUUGAUCCACUGGCUCCAAUGUGGGAACACCAGUUGAAACUGUGCUAUAUCAUGGAACGCCUGCAGAAAACAUUCUAUGACAAGCGCACGGGCUCCAUCUCCCAACUACGUGUGCACACCAUCGCCGUGACAUCCGCCCUAGAUAAAUGGCUAGGUGACCUUCCAACCGAGCUAGCCGUUGAUCCAAACAGCACCUCAGGCAUCUAUUUACCACAUGUAUUGGUCAUGCACACCCAAUUUCACGAAACCAUGAUCUUCGCCAACCACCCGUUCAUCACGCCUCCACGAACAGGACAAGCACCAGACUCGCGCCGCAAAUACGUUGAGUCUGCGCGGAUAAUCACCCGUAUUAUAGCUAUCUAUAAAAAGCUUUGGACGCUGCGCCGUAUCAACAUCCAGGGCAUACACCCCAUGUUUACAGCGUCAAUGGUGCACCUGUACAUAGCGUGUACCUCUAGAUGCUACGACGAGUUUGCAAUUGCCAUUGCAGACCUUGAGGUUUGUUGUGACGCAGUCAAAGAUGCAUCUACCUCAUUCCAGCUUGCGGGGUGGCAGCUCCGGUCUGUGCAUCGGGUGUGUCAGCUCUGGCAUGAUUUACUAGAGAACCAGAUCUCUGCGCAGCCACAGAAGGUAUCUCAGCCUGAUCCUAAGAUAUGGCCACAGGACUGUGAUCGGUGGGCAACUAUUGAGGCGGUGAUUCAAAGGGCAAUGGUCUCUACUGAGGUUGGAUCGGCGCCGGAGGAACAGAAUCCUUGGUUUAAUGCGUGGAUGCAGAUGCAGGAGAUUUCAGCUGUGGAUCCGUUUUCCAUGGGAUCAGCGUAA